CCGGCGCACCCGGGAGCCAAGAUAUAAACGCGCUGCUUCUUGUCAAGAAUGUGUUUACUAGCGUUGUGCGGCGGCUGGAGUGCAGUGGUCUACGUUCCAAGUCUGUCACCAUGAUGUAACGUAGAUUAGGCUGCAGCCCACCCGGGUUAUAGCCGCGAAACACUGGCCCCGCUGUAACGAAGCGUCCCGGCCGCUUGCGCUAGACGAAUGCCGCUUGGAGUUUGUAUCGCAGUUGCUUUUUCUUCAUGUAUUUUUCACGGUUUGCGUAAUCGCGUCUACAUUGAAGCAGGGUGGAAAUAUUGUUAACAUGUAUACCAUUCCUGUAAUGUCUCCGCUACUGUUCACAGAAACUGCAUAACUGGAAUAUCAAAAGUUAAAGUGUUUAGCGUCGCAAAGAAAAGUGAAAAGAGCGAACAUUCAUUCUGGUUUAAUAAAUUGCAUAGCAAAAGCAUCGAAAUUCAGGCCGGCGUUCUAUCAUCCCGUGCAAAUUCAUUUAUUUUGCUAAAUAUUUGCAGGUAUGCUGCCAAUAAAACAAGCAUGAGGGCGGUGGCAAGCCGCUUUGAUCUGUCAGAGAGUUCUGUUCACAGAAUCCUGAUAAGGGUGGCUGACUUUCUCCUCACCAUGGGUCCAUCUGUUGUGACGUUUCCUUCCAACAUGGAAAAACUGUCGAGUGAAUUCCAGAAGGUGUCUGGAAUCCCUGGUGUUGUUGGCUGCCUUGACGGCUCCUAUAUCAAAAUACAAUGCCCAGACAACAAGGUCUCUUCCACCUACUGCAACCGGCACCAUUACCUUUCAAUAACCCUUCAAGCGGUUUGUGACCACAAAAGACGAUUUGUUGACACCUGCAUUGGAAGCUCCAGCAAAAUUCACGAUUCUCGAAUCUUCAAGCUAUCAUCACUUUCAAAGAAACUUCCCAAACUGUGCGAGGACAAUGCGUACCACCUGCUUGGAGACGCAGCCUAUCCCCUCAGGCCGUACCUUCUGACUCCAUUCAGAGACUAUGGAGCGUUGUCAAAGGCACACAUGGAUUUCAACAAAAAGUUUUCAGCAACGAGGGUGCUAAUAGAAAACAGUUUUAGCAACCUAAAGAAAAGAUUCCGUCAACUAAUCUACCUUGAGCUCCGCACCGUAGAGUGGCUGAACAAAUUUAUUAUUGCUUGUUGCAUACUGCAUAACUUAUGCAUUGAGUGCGGAGAUUUGGAGCCAGAUGAACCAGAUGAUGAUGUAUCACCUCAAGAUGUCCAGUGGCAUCCACAGUCAUGCACCGAUGACCUGGAUGAUACUGCCGAAGAAACUUUGUUGCGCAGACUGGGAGAAAUAAAAAGGAGGAAGGUGCUGGAAGCAGUGCUGCAAAAGUAGUAGUGUUGUGCAACAACUAAUGAACUCAUGAAAAUGGCAGAUGUGUAAGGAGUGUAAUAAAUUGCUACAUUUGUUGUAA